AUGGUCACACACAAUGGGUUGAUGCGCGUAUUCUGGCCGUCAGACGCUCCAAAGGAUUCUGUGCCGGGUGUUCUGGUGGGGUUCAGAAACUCGGAGUCAGAUGUCUUUGUGGUAGCUGUGCUUCAAGAAGUCGAGUUGCGUCAAGUCGAGAACGCGCUGCUUGUCGGAACCUUGCUGCGACACAGCCCACACGAUGUCCAGGAACUACUUCAACGAUGCGGACACUCUUCUAUGCGCGCCUUGGGCUACGUCAACCCCAAGAGCCCAGUCGAACAGCCUGAUACCGACCUCAUCGUAGUUCAUACCGACCCCUCGUUCCGCUUUCCGCGCCUUCAUUAUCCUCACGAACCGCUCGUGGCUAUGCAAGUCAUCGUAUACGACCGACCGCACCCAACGCGUAUGCAAUACCUCUCGCUCAAGCCUAUCACGCUCGCAUUAGGAGACAAAACAAGGGUCGCGGAAUGGGAUGUAGCUUUCGAGGAGCUGGAGAAAGCAGAAGAGAAGGAGCGCAGAAGGAAGGCACAUCUCGUUGAGAAGCUCAAGCUGCACACGGUCAUUGCACACCCGCGCACUCAAAAGGAGCUGGCGUUGCCGAUGCUCAUCGAGCAGGUGAACUGUUCGCACGAAUUGAACGCCCUAUUGCAGAAGAACAUCGGCAUGAUAGGCAAGCGCAUGAAGCGAGCCUUGAGUGUCAGUGAGCGGGUCGUCGAGUCUGCAAACGAUCUCUGGGACUACAUAUGGCUUGUCCUCCAUUAUGCGUUCAGAGUCUGGAUAUGGCCGGUAGCCGCGCAACUCUUCAUUUUCGGGCUGAUUACACAUCGCAUAAUGGGAGAGGCAGUCCUUCAGCUUCUACAUUGGCGGCCAGGUUCUUCCGACUCGCCAGCUCUGAAGGACAUCUCCGCAACAGCGCAACAGAUCGACAUACGAUUACAACAGUCUUGUUACUGGCCCAUUCAGUAUCUCACUUUACGAAGGCGGAAAGUCAACUGGGAAUCCAUCACUAACAGUCAUCCUGAGUAUAUCCGGUUCUACAAUAGUCUGUGGCUAGUUGCCAACGAUGUCAUAAUGGGCAUUGCUGUCGGAACGUUCAUCAUCGAGAACGCUUCGUUCGUGGCUGCUCAGGUCGAUACCAUAUUCAGUACCUGGUCGGUCGACGGUCUGCGGCGCAUGAUAUCAUGGCUUAUGGGAUGGCCCGGAGGCUUGAAGUUGAACACUGAACUGGCUGCGUUCCUGGGCGACCUUUUUCUUUGGGUCAUUGAUUACUGGGCGGGAUGCAUAUCACUUCUGCGGCCACACCUACCUGCGCUGAUCCAGAUCAUUGGCUUUUCCGCUUUCGCUGGCGCCACUAUGCCCAUCUCAAUCUUCUCGGACCUCGUUUCGCUGCUGACGCUGCACAUCUACUCGUUUUACGUCGCGUCUGCUCGCAUCUUUCAUUGGCAGCUUACGAUAAUCAUAUCCCUCUUCCACCUUUUCCGUGGAAAGAAGCGCAACAUCCUCCGCAACCGAAUCGACUCAUGCGACUACGACUUGGACCAGCUAUUGCUCGGCACAAUUCUUUUCACACUGCAGUUCUUCUUACUGCCAACUGUGUUCGUCUUCUACUUGACGUUUGCGAGCGCACGCAUUGCUGUCAUCGGACUGAAAGCUGCGCUGGAGAUGGGGCUUGCCUGUCUCAAUCACUUCCCGCUCUUUGCAGUCAUGCUACGACUGAAGGAUCCUGGAAGACUACCUGGAGGAAUCUGUUUCGAGCUACAAGACACGACCGAUCUUACCUCUAGCACGACAAGCGAGACAGGCUCACCGCCGACGGCCUAUGUGUUGCUGAAGUCGAUCCCGCUGUCACUACGUGCGAUGUUCCAACCCUAUUUCGACCUUGGCGAUCGCAUACGCAAGCACUACUUCUCGCCUAGCGUCUUAUUGUAUCUCGUGUCAGGGCAGUUUGUCCCACCGAUUCACCGCCGCAACUUAUACAGCUUGCAAUAUAGCAUGCUCCCCGCCAAGAGAGCAAGUAUAGGCGAGCUGUGGAAGAAGCUGACAGAAAGGAGUGCCACGCCAUCACACGGGCCUAACGGGUACGCUGCGAUGCCAUUCAGGAAGGACAUACUUAACGAUGUUGGUGAGGAGUAUAGUUGGUUCUCACAUGGUGAUGACGACAUGGCAAAGGUCCACGCAAGCGAAUGUGAGCGCUUCAACCCGGCUUCCUUCUUGACUGUGCGCGUCGGUCCUGAAGGUUCUCAAGAAGACUUCCUACUCCACGAAGGCAUCCUGAGCGUACGCUCCGAGUUCUUUCGCCGCGCAAUGAAUGGCAACUGGUCUGAGAAGAAGGAUCGACUUGUCAAACUACCUAAGGACGACCCCAAGAUCUUUGCCCUCUACGUCAAUCUCAUCUAUAUGGGCGUGUUGUACAAUGAACCAGACGCUUCCAAGAUGACGCCUGUCAAGUUCCAAGCACAUACCUUAUCGACCGUCAAGUUCUACAUCCUCGCCGAGAAACUGCAAGACAAGCAAGCUAAGAAUGCCGCCUUGCAGACUCUCCACCCCAAAACUACAGGAAAUUUGUUUGCCGACAGACUACCCAACGCCGAGAUCGUCGAGUUCAUGUACAAGAACACGUUGAAAGGCAGCCCUGGACGACGCCUCAUGGUCGACAUUUGGAAUGAUGACAACACUAAGUGCAUUCUCGAGCAAUCGGAAGUCGUAUGCAAGGAAUUCUUCAUCGAUCUCGCCCAUUCGCUUCAUGCUUGUCGUCCUGCACGUAUGCGGAACGUUGCAUUUAGCUCGUCUUUCACUGUGUAUCAAGAACAACUUUGA